UUUUAAGAUGGUAUUUACCUCCGUCGUUAAUUUGGUGCGUUCCCGAGGGCCCGACGAAUUCUGGCGAAAGCGUAGGAUCUUCAAACUAGCUGCACACUUUAUUGGACGUCGUCGUAAUUGCUACUCCAUUGCAAUUCGUAAUGUAAACCGAGCCCUCGCGUACGCCACAAAAGGUCGUGAGCUGAAGAAGCAAGAUAUGCGUGAACUUUGGACACAGCGAGUGAAUGCUGGCUGCGAACAACACGGAAUGCAGUUUGCAGAUUUCCAGUACGGACUGUAUCAGAACGAUAUUCUGCUAAACCGGAAAGUGUUGGCAGAUUUAGCGAUUUGGGAGCCGAGGACGUUUGAAGCACUUGCUAAAAUCAGCCAGCAGGUUCCAGAAAAGGAAAGUGAAGAAAAGUGAAACAAUAACUGUACUGUAGAUCA